AUGGUCCAAGGACCGAAGCCUGAGAAUGCCGACCCAUUAUCUAUGUUAUGGUGUCGCGAAGACAAUCUUUUCAAGCGCAAUUAUCAGUUCGCUGAAGAGUUAGCUGCCAAGAACAAAAGGGAUUUUAGACUCAACUUCAACCCUGGUCCGUCUGCUCCAAGGCAGGAUGGCACUCGCGAAGCCAAUCCAAAUGUCAUCGACCCCUUCAACAACCUCGAUGGGCUCCUCUCUCACGUUGCUGCUCAGAGGGCCACAGUGGACCACUCUGCUGAAGAUGCAGACUCUGAAGAUGCACCAGCACCACCAAAACAGAAGAAGAAGUCAAAAGCUUCAAAGCCAUCUGCCACACCAAAAGCUUCAACUGUGAAGCCAUUAAAGACUGCACCUCCUGAAGCCAGUGUGAAGUCUGAAGAUCUGUCAUGGGUCUCCAAGAGGACCAAGAAGACAAAGAAGCCCAUGAAGAUUUCUGGGCAUGAUCUGACUCCUGCUACUGUUUUGCGCAACGAGGAAGUCACCAUUGAUCUGUCUAGUGAUGAAGAUCUUGAGAAGGAGCAUUUCAAGAAGAACAUGGCCAAGCUCAGUGUGGCUGAUGAGCAGAUCUUGAAGAAGAUGCUGCAUGAUCUCAAGGAACAAUUCCACAAGAAGCAUGAAGAAGCCAAAGGCUCACGAGAGCGCAUGAAGUACUUUGCACAGAAAUGCGUUCAAGCCCACAAUGAAGCUGAAAAGAGAAAGGCUCUUGGGCGUCCUGGCAUCGAUCCCAGGAUGGCUGUCAAGCAAAAGAAGAAGUCUGUUGUGGCCCAAACUGAAGCACCAAGGCAGGAAGAACCUCACAUUGUCUUCCCUGCCAUCCUUCCUCAGCUCGAUCCCCAGUCAGUAUCAUCACCUGCUCCAACGAGUAGUGAACUUAUCAGCAUUGGUCGUCCAUUGACGCCAAUCGCUCAGGACGACUCAUGGGCCGAGCGCCCACAGCAAGACACCCCAGUACAUGAUGAGACUCCAAGAACACCACCACCUCAAGUUACCACACCGGUGCUUGACGACAACAAUUACAUGGUCCAGACCUCUCCCUCACCAAAGGCGUCGCCAGCGUUUCGCAGGCUUCGCAAAGGCCCCAGGCCACAGGUCACCAUGUCAAGCAUUCCAGAAGGGGAAGUGCACCAAAGCUCAGUCGCAUGCCAAGUGUUCCCUGAAGCCACCCCUACUGCGAAUGUCUCUGAGUCUGAAGCCAAAGCUGCUGAAGACAUUCCGGCUGCAUUAGCCAAUCAAGACAAAGAAGAAAGAGAAGAAGAAAGAGUUGCCACACCCCCAGCUACUGAUCAAGUCAUUCUUGAAGAGAAUGUGAUUGUGCCCGACCCUCCAGUUCUUGAAGAGAUGGAGGUUAAAAACACUAAGGCUGCCACCAACAACGCCACUGAAGCCAAUGACACUGCCAUGGCUAAAGACAAUGUGGAGCGAGAAGCUAAUGAGAAUGCAGAAGUCACCGUGACGCCAAUCGUCUCGGAAUACGUUGUUCCUCCUCUAAGGCCUCACACCAUGGAACGUGCAUUCAAUCGUGAAGGUCAGCUAGUCACAGUCAGAUGGGCAAUUAUGGUUCCACCCACUGCUCCCGGACCUCAAUAUGAUUACCAUGUGGAGCAGAGGCCUCAAGUUCAGAAGCCCAAGCCUAGGCUGCCAAGGCUUCUAGGUGCUUCAACGACACAGGGUUCUUUCAGCGUGCACAGCUUCAGAGAGCACAACACUUUCUUUGACAGUGCCAAGAAUCCUUACACGAAGCCUUAG